GAAAAGGACGCGCCUGCCUUCUGGUCGCCGCUGCCGGGAAAGGUUGCAUGCCGUCCUGGGGGCCGGUGGGCCCGGCGCGCUGACCGCGUUUUCCCUUUCCCGCCGUCCCCCGAUUCCUGCGGAGCCGGCUGCCGGCGGCUCUUGCGCGACGCUCCCUGGCCCCGCCGCCCGCCCCAGGCGCUGGAGGCUGGAGGCCGGAGUCCCGGGGCCUGUGCCGGGUCGGCGGCGCACUCUGCGGUGGCGGAUGAGCGGCCCGGGCGGCGGGGCCUGAGCACGGCCCGGGGCCCUCAGGGCCGGCUGCUGGCAGGAUGGGCAUCCUGGAAGGGGUGAUUUGGGCCAACGGGAGCACAGCCCUGCCCCCACCCGUGGCACCCAACAUCAGCGUGCCGCACCGCUGUCUGCUGCUGCUCUAUGAGGAUAUCGGAACCUCCAGGGUCCGGUACUGGGACCUCUUGCUGCUCAUCCCCAAUGUGCUCUUCUUCAUCUUCCUGCUCUGGAAGCUUCCAUUCGCUCGGGCCAAGAUCCGCAUCACCUCCAGCCCCAUUUUUAUCACCUUCUAUAUCCUGGUGUUCGUGGUGGCGCUGGUGGGCAUCGCCCGGGCCGUGGUGUCCAUGACGGUCAGCACCUCGGAUGCUGCGACUGUUGCCGAUAAGAUCCUGUGGGAGAUUACCCGCUUCUUCCUGUUGGCCAUCGAGCUGAGUGUGGUCAUCCUGGGCCUUGCCUUUGGUCACCUGGAGAGCAAGUCAAGCAUCAAGCGGGUGCUGGCCAUCACCACGGUGCUGUCCCUGGCCUACUCUGUCACCCAGGGGACACUGGAGAUCCUGUACCCUGACGCCCACCUGUCGGCUGAGGACUUCAACAUCUACGGGCAUGGAGGCCGCCAGUUCUGGCUGGUCAGCUCCUGCUUCUUCUUCCUGGUCUACUCUCUGGUGGUUGUGCUCCCCAAGACCCCGCUGAAGGAGCGCAUCUCCCUGCCUUCGCGAAGGAGUUUCUACGUGUAUGCGGGCAUCCUGGCGCUGCUCAACCUGCUGCAGGGGCUGGGAAGCGCGCUACUCUGCGCCGACAUCAUCGAGGGGCUCUGCUGUGUAGAUGCCACCACAUUUCUCUACUUCAGCUUCUUUGCGCCCCUCAUCUACGUGGCCUUCCUCCGGGGCUUCUUUGGCUCGGAGCCCAAGAUCCUCUUCUCCUACAAAUGCCAAGCGGACGAGGCCGAGGAACCGGACGUGCACCUGCCCCAGCCCUACGCCGUGGCCCGGCGGGGAGGCCCCGAGACAGCAGGGGCUGCUAGCACACAGUUUGACUCGGCCGGUGGGGCAGCCUGCCUAGACGACGUUGCGUCCAUGCCCUGCCACACGGGCAGCAUCAACAGCACAGACAGUGAGCGCUGGAAGGUUGUCAGUGCCUGAGUAUGACCACCGUGGCCGGGAGGCCUGCUGGGGCCUGUGCAGGCCAGGCUGGAGAGAAGACCAGGGAGCGCCAAGUCGCUGGGGGAGGAGGACGAGGUCACGGGACCUUCUGUGGGCAGUAGCCCCGCGCAGGCCCUGUCUCGCCUUCUGUGCCUCCAGUUGCCUUUGGCCACCUCUGCUCUAGCUGGGGGCUGCUUCCCCCUUCCCCCUUCCACCUGCCCUCUCCCUGCUCAGCAACAUGGCCCAGACUCUGAUCUCUCAGGGCCAGGCCUGGCUAGGCUGGCUGAGGGCACCUCCUUUCUCCAAAGCCUGGGCACCCAGGACCGGUCUGGCCCUUCUCAUCCCUCUGCCUCCUCCCCAUGGCGCUUUGGCCUCCUCAAAGCCCACUCCGGUGGGUGGGCUGAAGUGUGUAUAUUUUCUUGAUCUAUUUUUUAAUAAAAAACAAAAGGA